AUGUGGAGAGGCUUGAAUGUGAACUGUGCAGACAGUUCUGGGUACACACCCCUCCACCACGCAUCACUGAACGGACACAGGGACGUGGUGUUGAAGUUGCUCCAGUUUGACGCCUCCACCAAUGUGGCUGACAGUAAGGGUUGCUUCCCGUUGCACCUGGCCGCCUGGCGCGGGGACGUAGACAUCGUCCGUAUCCUCGUCCACCACGGGCCCUCACACUGCCGCGUCAACCAGCAGAACCAUGAGAGGGAGACAGCGCUGCACUGUGCGGCCCAGUACGGCCACUCUGAGGUGGUGUCCAUCCUACUGCAGGAGCUGACAGACCCCACCAUGAGGAACAGCCGCGACGAGACGCCCCUGGACCUGGCCGCGCUCUACGGACGACUUCAGAACCAUGAGAGGGAGACAGCGCUGCACUGUGCGGCCCAGUACGGCCACUCUGAGGUGGUGUCCAUCCUACUGCAGGAGCUGACAGACCCCACCAUGAGGAACAGCCGCGACGAGACGCCCCUGGACCUGGCCGCGCUCUACGGACGACUUCAGGUGGUCUGUAUGUUGGUGACCGCCCACCCCAACCUGAUGAGCAGCCACGGGACAAGGCGCCACACACCCCUGCACCUGGCCGCCCGCAACGGGCACCACUCAGCCGUGCACACCCUGCUGGAGGCCGGCAUGGACGUCAACUCCCAGACGGAGAAUGGCAGUGCUCUCCACGAGGCAGCUCUCUAA